UCUCCAACAUGAUAGAAUCCACUCUUAGAACUCAAACACUGAAAAAUAACCAUAGUAAUGUCAUAUACAAACAUGGAACUUCUGUCUCUCUCCUUCACAUUCACCAAAUCUCAAACCUUUCCCUCUCUCAAACAACCAAUUCACCAUCUUCCAUUAACCACAACACUACCCAACAAAACCAUUCUUUCAUCAUCUUCUUCUUUUUCCAUUUCAUGUAAUUCCUCUUUUACCAGAAUCUCAGCAACGAAUACCCAACCAUCCAUUUCACAAACCGAUAUGUUGUUCCCUGCGGGAAAUUCAAAGCAUUGGAUUGUUAGAAUGGAUAAGCCUGCUGUUGGUGUUGUUACCAAAGCUCAAAUUGUUGAUCAUUAUGCUCAAAUUUUGACCAAGGUUAUGGGAAAUGAAAAAGAUGCACAGAUGUGUUUAUAUCAUGUUUCUUGGAAAACCAACUUUGGGUUUUGUUGUGAAAUUGAUGAGGACUCUGCACAUGAGUUAGCUGGUGUGCCUGGUGUAUUGUCAGUUCAGCCAGACCUCAAUUUUGAGUCUGAAAAUAAGAAUUAUGAAGGUAGAAACUUGGAAAAUAGACUGAAUGUGCCUAGUUCUUUGGAAGAAACUCAGGAAACUUCAGUGAAAACAAAGAAACUUUUUGUGACAGGGCUAUCAUUUUAUACAUCUGAGAAAACCUUACGUGCUGCAUUUGAAAGCUUUGGCGAGCUUGUUGAAGUUAAAGUUAUCAUAGAUAAAAUUUCAAAAAGGUCAAAGGGUUAUGCAUUUAUUGAAUAUGCCACAGAAGAGGCUGCAAGUGAAGCGCUCAAAGAGAUGAAUGGCAAGAUUAUUAACGGCUGGAUGAUAGUGGUAGAUGCUGCCAAGACUACCCCGCCAAGAUACAACAAAGGUCGUGCCAGACCAUCCGCUUGAUAAGAAAACAAAGUCUGUAAGGGCAAGACAACAAUGCAAGCAGGUAUGUUACGCUGCCAUAAUAUUCUCAGGAGAAGUUUACGGUAGUUAUAACUACAUAUGCUUCAGGGAAGCGGACAUAUUUUCCAGGUUUCCUACUGGUUGUGUGAGAUUAAGCAUGCUGCAAUGGACAGACUAGCAAUAUUGUAGCCUCCACUGGCAUGGCAGCUGGCCUUGUGUUAAAGGUACUGAAAAGAUGAUAGAAGUUUGGGGGUCUGGAUUCUUAUUAUUAUGCCUUUGGACAUUAUAUAAAUCAGUUGAAGUUUGAGCACAAUGUUGGUUGAGAUAGGUGUUUGAAGAAAACAAAAUUUACCAAAUGUAAAGCCAUUUGGUCUAAAUUUCCAUAUUCUCUUUGCUUAAUUAUUAUGUAUGCUUACAUGAGAAUUGUGAUACUUAAUUCUCUUUGAUUAAUUAGUUCUUACUUUCUUUGAAAA